AUGCAAGAGAGAAUCAAGCUUCGAUUUCUACCAGUGAACCCGAAGCUGUCCGAAUUGGCGAAGCACACGGUAGUGCUCGAGGCGGUUGGAAGCAAUAUGUGA